AUGUUGUACGAAUUAAUAGGCGUGGUCCGCCCAGGCCGCAGCAUAAACGAAAUCAAAGAAAUCACUCGAACGACCGGAAACAUCAUCCUCUCCGCCGGCGGCGUAGUUCGCGGCAUCACAAACUGGGGCGUCUUCAUGCUCCCAAAGCCCGCGCGAAAACAAGGAGCAACCUACCGUGACGGCCACUACUUCAUCCUUCGAUUCGACUCGAGCGCAAAGACCCAGCACGCCGUGCGAAGAACGCUUGGACUGGAUCCGCGCAUGAUCAGAUAUAGCGUGGUGCAACUGGGGAGCAAAUUGGAAGAGAUCAAGGACGUUGCUGGGAAGGCGGAUUGGCAAGGCAUGAGUUCUGUUGAUCGGGAGUAG